UUUCAGUUCUGGAACUGCUUUUCAAUGUGAAAGAAAGGCGCUCCAUGGUCAUUAUUGUCUUGUGACCCAUCCAACGUCCCCAUUCAUGGCCUCCGGUAGCCGCCGCGGUCUCCUCCCUUUGACCUCUUCAUCCGACCCCGCCGAAAGUUCAGCUCAACACCCAAGCUCUUCCGUCAGCAAAGCCAUCGCUCAGUUCUCCGUCGACGCCCGCCUCCACGCAGCCUUCGAACAGUCUGCCGGAGGUGGCGCCCGCUUUUUGGAAUAUUCACAAUACAUACUUACUCCUUCCUCCUCCUCCUCCUUACUUUCCUCUCCGGAACAUCAACACAUCGCGGCCUAUCUCUCCAAAAUUCAACGCGGUGGCCAUAUCCAACCCUUCGGCUGCACCCUCGCCGUCGACGAGCCGUCCUUCCGAAUCAUCGCUUUCUCCGCCAACGCUUCCGAUCUUCUCGACCUCAAUCACCAAUCCGUCCCCUUACUCGAAGAUGAUGGUGAUAAGAAGCUCGAGCUCCUUGAGAUCGGCACCGACGCUCGCUCCUUAUUCACUGCACCGGGCUCCGCGCUCCUUGAACGCGCUGCGAACGCUCGCGAGAUCACUCUCUUGAAUCCUCUCUUGGUCCACUCGAAGAAAUCCGGUAAGCCCUUUUAUGCUAUUCUUCACCGUAUAGACGUCGGCAUCGUCAUUGAUCUAGAGCCGGCUAGAACGGAGGACCCCUCUCUCUCCGUCGCCGGUGUGGUUCAGUCCCAGAAGUUAGCCGUGCGGGCGAUCUCUAGUCUCCAGGCUCUCCCAGGCGGCGACAUCAAGCUGCUUUGCGAAACCGUUGUUCGGCACGUCCAGGAGCUAACCGGCUACGAUCGGGUAAUGGUGUACAAGUUCCACGCUGACGAGCAUGGAGAGGUUGUAGCAGAGAGCAAGAGAGACGACCUGGAGCCCUACCUUGGCCUCCAUUAUCCCGCCACAGAUAUCCCACAAGCCUCUCGGUUUCUGUUCAAGCAGAAUAGGGUUAGGAUGAUUGCCGAUUGCAGUGCGAAUCCCGUAAAGUUAAUCCAAGAUGAGCGCCUGCAGCAGCCGCUCUGUCUUGUAGGCUCGACGCUCAGAGCUCCCCAUGGUUGUCAUGCGCAGUACAUGGCCAACAUGGGAUCGGUUGCUUCGCUUGUCAUGGCUGUCACCAUUAACAGUAGUGGUGAAGAAGAGGGUGGUUCCAGGAAUUCAAUGAAGUUAUGGGGUCUUGUUGUUUGUCAUCACACUUCUCAACGGUGCGUUCCAUUCCCGCUUCGGUAUGCCUGUGAGUUCUUGAUGCAGGCUUUUGGUUUGCAAUUGAAUAUGGAGCUACAGUUGGCCUCACAGAUGUCGGAGAAGCACAUAUUGAAAACUCAAACCCUUUUGUGUGAUAUGUUACUUCGUGAUUCUGCAGUUGGUAUUGUAACCCAGAGCCCUAGCAUAAUGGAUCUUGUCAAGUGUGAUGGUGCUGCAUUGUAUCAUCGGGAAAAAUACUAUCCUCUUGGUGUUACUCCGAAUGAAUCUCAGAUCAAAGACAUCAUUGAAUGGUUGCUCGUGUUUCAUGGGGAUUCUACUGGAUUGAGCACUGAUAGCUUGGCUGAUGCUGGAUAUCCUGGUGCUGCUUCCCUUGGUGACAUUGUUUGUGGAAUGGUGGUUGCGGCCAUCUCAUCAAAAGACUACUUGUUCUGGUUCCGGUCACAGACGGCAAAGGAGGUCAAGUGGGGCGGCGCAAAGCAUCACCCCGAGGACAAGGAUGAUGGCACCAAUAUGCAUCCACGCUCAUCAUUCAAAGCUUUCUUGGAGGUAGUCAAAAACAGGAGCCUGCCAUGGGAGAAUGCAGAGAUGGAUGCAAUAUACUCAUUGCAGCUAAUACUAAGGGAUUCUUUCAGGGAUGCACCUGAUAGGAAGAGUGAUUCCAAGGCAAUGAUAAGUGGGCAGUUGAGUGACAUGGAUAUACAAGGGAUCAAUGAGCUCAGCUCUGUUGCCAGGGAGAUGGUGAGGUUGAUAGAGACAGCAACGGUACCUAUCUUUGCAGUUGAUGCAGAAGGCCUAAUAAAUGGUUGGAAUGCUAAGGUUGCUGAACUGAUCGGGCUUUCUGUUGAGGAAGCCAUGGGGAGAUCACUGGUAAAAGAUCUCGUCUUUGAGGAUUCUGCUGCAAAAGUUGAGAAAUUUCUUUUCCGUGCCUUAAGAGGUGAAGAAGAUAAAAAUGUGGAGAUAAAGUUACGAACAUUUGGCUCACAGAAACCAAAGAAAGCAGUUUAUGUCAUUGUAAAUGCUUGUUCUAGCAGAGAUUACACUGACGAAAUUGUUGGAGUCUGUUUUGUUGGCCACGAUAUAACUGGGCAGAAGGCAGUUAUGGAUAAGUUUACUCAUAUUCAAGGUGAUUAUAAAGCGAUUGUUCACAGCCUCAACCCUCUGAUUCCUCCCAUCUUUGCUUCAGAUGAAAACGCUUGCUGCUCAGAAUGGAAUGUUGCUAUGGAGAGGCUUACAGGGUGGCUCAGAAGUGACAUGAUUGGAAAGCUACUGGUUGGAGAAGUUUUUGGCAAUUGCUGCCGACUAAAGGGCCCAGAUGCCCUUACAAAGUUCAUGAUUGUCAUUCAUAAUGCAGUUGAAGGGAAGGAAACUGAGAAAUCCCCUAUUGUAUUUUUCGAUAGAAAUGGAAAAUAUAUUCAGGCACUCUUGACGGCAAAUCCAAAAAGAGAUAUGGAAGGCAAGGUUACUGGAGCUUUUUGCUUCUUUCAGAUAGCUAGUCCAGAACUGCAACAGGCCCUUGAAGUUCAGAGGCAGCAGGAAAAGAAGUGUUUUGCCAAAAUGAGAGAACUGGCUUACAUUUGUCAAGAGAUAAGGAAUCCCCUAAGUGGGAUUCAAUUCACAAACUCUCUUUUGCUGAUGACAGAGUUAUCUGAUGAUCAGAAGCAAUUUCUUGAAACCAGUAAUUCUUGUACAAGGCAGAUGAAAAGAAUUCUAAAUGAUGUCGAUCUGGAAAGUAUUGAGAAUGGUUCAUUGGAGCUUGACAAAAGUGAAUUUAUACUUGGAAAUGUUAUUAAUGCUGUUGUGAGUCAAGUGAUGGUUUUGUUGAGAGAACGAGGCUUACAAUUGAUUCGAGAUAUCCCUGAAGAGGUAAAAAUAAUUUCUGUUCAUGGGGAUGAACUUAGAAUUCAACAAGCCUUGGCUCAUUUUCUUUUGAGCAUGGUGUGUUGUGCACCAUCACCUGAAGGAUGGGUGGAAAUCCAGAUCAACCUAACCCUAAAGCAGAAUUCUGAUGGAACUGAUGCUGUGCAUUUACAAUUCAGUUUAGCUUGCCCUGGUGAGGGAUUACCACCAGAAGUAGUCCAAGACAUGUUCAAUAACUCAAGCUGGGCGACAAAUGAAGGUCUUGGGCUGUGCAUCUGUCGGAGAAUCCUCGGGAUAAUGAAUGGAGGUGUACAAUACAUUAGGGAGUCAGAAAGGUGUUAUUUCCUCAUCACUAUAUGGCUCCCUGUUUCUCAAACGCCAAAAGUAGAUCAGAUCUAAUUUUCUCUUUGACUUUGGAUCUUCUUACAUCAAAAAUUGGAAAGAUUUUCCUUCAUUCUAUUCCAUCAACAAGUCCAGCAAGCUCCGAGGAUUUUCUUUGUAGCAGUUGUAUAGUAAUGUAUUUACAAUAUCUUUUGAUAUUUUUCUGGCGACAAGCAAUGAGUUUCCGACUGGAGGCAAUAAUGAUUGAUGGGAAAACACACACUCAAGAAGAAUGCAACAAAGAGAUGAAAAUGUACCACCUAAAGGGUUGUAAUCAUAGGGUCCAAAAUUCUAGCUGGCCUUUUUCUUAAGGAAUGAGUUGAAAAGCCAUGAUAUGUGGUAAACGGGUCCAUGAAUGAAAGGUGAGCAUUGGUGCGGACGGCGCGUGCAAGCAUGCUGGUGCACAAAUGGGGGUAUCGACUUGUGCAUGGGUGCAUGUAGUGGGAAUAGAAGUUAAACUACAUGUGAAUGCAUACGUGUGGGCUAGAGCAAGAGAUGAUCAACAAAUGAUUCUUUUGAGAGCGAGAUAUACCAUCCCAAAAUAAGUAAAAGGCAUAACUAUCAUUCAUUGAUACCAUCUUUAAAGUUCGUUCGGUUGAUGGCCAUUAUUGAGAGAAAUAAUUUUAUGUUUUCAUUCUUCUUCAUCCUCAAUUAGUACCAAGAGAUUGUCAUUAUUGAGCUGUUUGGCACAGAUCAAAUACCAAGGCUCCCUUACAACCGCAUUAGAUUCUUAACUGUCUUUGAAUAGAUCAAAUGUGGUGGCUCCCGGCUUCUUCACAGACCGUUGAUCAGAAUCAUUGGUUACAAAUGGAUGGCAAAGUAAUGUUGAGAUGUGCCAUGAUGCUAUUUCCAACUACACAAAAUAGAUGCUACAUGCGGGCGAAUUCACAUGUAACCUUCUGGCUUAUAGCUUUAUAGAAACUGCAGUUUCUUUAGGUGAUCUGGGAGCUUGAAUGCUGGAAGAAGAGAUAAUUUUAUUUUCUUUUGCCCGACCUGCAAGAAAGGCUGUGCGUUUAAACAACAAAUGGAGGUGGCAGUUGGGCCAACUUCUUUUCACCAAUCAUAAAGUUCGUUGCUGGAAAUCUGGCCAAGAAAUCAACAAGAUGAAUCUCGUAACAUUCAACAGAACAUCUGCUGUGGUACGGUUUGUUUCAUGGUUUACCCUUUUUUUUUUUCUCCCAAAAUUUCUGUUGCUGUAUAUGGUACUAAUUUUGUAUGGGAGCAUGGACAUAGUUUCAUUAUGGGGCUGUUUGAUUGCUUGUAAUGGAAAUGCACAGUAAAUGGAAUACUUUCUAUUCUAAUUGUUGUAUAUUCUGAAUAUUUAGGAGCUGUUUC